UAUAGUCACGUAAACUUUGUUUCAAUCCCCUUUCUUCCCAUAUUUCCUCCUGCUUUUAUGGCCUCAGUUACCAGAAUUAAGCCAACUCUUUAAACCCAAAAAAGGAAAGAGAAAAAUAUAGAGUUAUUUUGUUUGUUAGAGUUUUGAGGGGUUUGAGGGAAGAGAAAGGAGAUGAAGAAUGAUGAUCAAGCGAGGUUUUUGUUUGGAAUUUCACUAACUGAUAGACCCAAAUGGCAACAAUUCCUCAUUUGCUCUUCUGGGUUUUUCUUUGGUUAUCUCGUCAAUGGCUUGUGCGAGGAGUAUGUAUAUAAUCGACUGGGAUUCAGCUAUGGAUGGUAUUUUACCUUUGUACAAGGUUUUGUAUAUCUAUUUCUCAUACGUUUGCAGGGUUUCACCACCAAGCAAAUGGUGAACCCUUGGAAAACUUAUGUGAAACUUUCUGCUGUACUCAUGGGUUCUCAUGGAUUAACAAAGGGCUCCUUGGCUUAUUUAAACUAUCCGGCACAAAUCAUGUUCAAAUCCACUAAGGUACUACCGGUAAUGGUAAUGGGUGCCUUUAUGCCUGGUUGGAGGAGAAAAUACUCGGUUCAAGAAUAUGUAUCGGCCGUGCUUUUAGUUGGGGGACUAAUACUCUUCACAUUAGCUGAUGCAAAUACUUCACCAAACUUCAGUAUCAUUGGUGUUGUUAUGAUAACUGGUGCUUUGGUGAUGGACUCUUUUCUGGGUAAUUAUCAAGAAGCAAUUUUCACCGUGAAUCCUGACACUUCUCAGAUGGAGAUGCUAUACUGUUCAACAGUUGUCGGCGCACCUUUUCUACUUGUGCCCAUGAUACUAACUGGAGAACUCUUUGCUGCAUGGAAAUCCUGUUAUGAGCAUCCAUAUGUUUACGGUGUGCUUAUAUUCGAAGCAAUGGCCACGUUCAUUGGUCAAAUUUCAGUUCUAUCACUCAUUGCUAUUUUUGGGGCUGCCACUACUGCUAUGGUAACCACAGCAAGAAAGGCAGUGACAUUGUUGUUGUCAUACUUGAUCUUUACUAAGCCACUGACCGAACAACAUUGCUCCGGAUUGCUGUUAAUGUCAAUGGGAAUUGUUUCGCGGCUAUUGCCUGACAGUAAACCUCCCUCACACACAGUGAAAUCCGACAACACAACUAGACGAAAUCAUCACAAAGAAGCAAACUUAUCAUCACAAAAUAGUCCAGAAGAAGAGAAGAGGCCAUUAGUCUGAGCUUCAAAUGUAAAAAAAUCCUCAAAUGUAAUAAUUCUUAGCUGAAGUAAGUUUAUUGGUAGUUGCUGCUAUCCAUUUCUUUUGUCCUCUAUCCUUUUUGUCUUCAUGAACCUCUCUGCUUUCUUUAGAAAUAUUUGGACUUUAUUUUUGUCAUAAAAACAUAGGAAUAUAACAAAAGCUCUAUGUUUGUCUAUAUAUAGAAUGGAAUAUAGUAUAUUCCUUCUCUUGA